GCUCCUGGGGCCCGCGGGCGCGCGGGGGUCUGUGGCCCUCGCCGUCCCAGUAGCUGCUGCCGGCACUCGGUUGCGGUCGGUCUGCGGGAGGCGGGUUAUGGCGGAAGCGGCAGUAGGAGCUGUGAAUGAAUUCUCCGGGUGGACGAAGGAAGAAGAAAGGCUCCGGCGGCCCCUGCAGCCCCGUGCCUCCCAAGCCUCCGCCCCCUUGCUUGGCCCCCGCCCGUCCCGCCCCCAGGCCAGCCCCCCCGCCGGAGUCGCCGCAUAAGCGGAACCUGUACUACUUCUCCUACCCGCUGUUCGUCGGCUUCGCGCUGCUGCGUCUAGUCGCCUUUCACCUGGGGCUCCUCUUCGUGUGGCUCUGCCAGCGCUUCUCCCGCGCCCUCAUGGCCGCCAAGAGGAGCUCCCCGGCCGCACCGGCCUCGGCCUCGCCCCCGGUGCCAGUGCCGGGCGGGGAGGCCGAGCGCGUCCAAGCCUUCCACAAACAGGCCUUUGAGUACAUCUCCAUCGCCCUGCGCAUCGACGAGGACGAGAAAGCUGGACAAAAGGAACAAGCUGUGGAGUGGUAUAAGAAAGGUAUUGAAGAACUAGAAAAAGGAAUAGCUGUUAUAGUUACAGGACAAGGUGAACGGUGUGAAAGAGCUAGACGCCUUCAAGCUAAAAUGAUGACUAAUUUGGUUAUGGCCAAGGACCGAUUACAACUUCUAGAGAAGCUGCAACCCGUUUUGCAAUUUUCCAAGUCACAAACAGACGUCUAUAGUGACAGUACUAACUUGACAUGCCGCAACGGACAUCUCCAGUCAGAAAGUGGAGCGGUUCCAAAACGAAAAGAUCCCUUAACACACACUAGUAAUUCACUGCCUCGUUCAAAAACAGUUAUGAAAGCUGGAUCCACAGGUCUUUCAAGCCACCACAGAGCACCUAGCUGCAGUGGUUUAUCCAUGGUUUCUGGAGUGAGACAGGGACCUGGUCCUGCAGCUGCCACUCACAAGAGUACACCAAAAACAAAUCGAACAAAUAAACCUUCUACCCCAACAACUGCUGCUCGUAAAAAGAAAGACUUGAAGAAUUUUAGAAAUGUGGACAACAACCUUGCUAACCUUAUAAUGAAUGAAAUUGUGGACAAUGGAACGGCUGUUAAAUUUGAUGAUAUAGCUGGUCAAGAGUUGGCAAAACAAGCAUUGCAAGAAAUUGUCAUUCUUCCUUCUCUGAGGCCUGAGUUGUUCACAGGGCUUAGAGCUCCUGCCAGAGGAUUGUUACUCUUUGGUCCACCUGGAAACGGGAAAACAAUGCUGGCUAAAGCAGUAGCUGCAGAAUCAAAUGCAACCUUCUUUAAUAUAAGUGCUGCAAGUUUAACUUCAAAAUAUGUGGGAGAAGGAGAGAAGUUGGUGAGAGCUCUUUUUGCUGUGGCUCGAGAACUUCAACCUUCUAUAAUUUUUAUAGAUGAAGUUGAUAGCCUUUUGUGUGAAAGAAGAGAAGGAGAACAUGACGCUAGUAGACGUCUAAAAACUGAAUUUCUAAUAGAAUUUGAUGGUGUACAAUCUGCUGGAGAUGACAGAGUACUUGUAAUGGGUGCAACUAAUAGGCCACAAGAGCUUGAUGAGGCUGUUCUCAGGCGUUUCAUCAAACGGGUAUAUGUGUCUUUGCCAAAUGAGGAGACACGAUUACUUUUACUUAAAAAUCUAUUAUGUAAACAGGGAAGCCCAUUGACCCAAAAAGAACUAGCACAACUUGCUAGAAUGACUGAUGGAUACUCAGGAAGUGAUCUAACAGCUUUGGCAAAAGAUGCAGCUCUGGGUCCUAUCCGAGAACUGAAACCAGAACAAGUGAAGAAUAUGUCUGCUAGUGAGAUGAGAAAUAUUCGAUUAUCUGACUUCACUGAAUCCUUGAAAAAAAUAAAACGCAGCGUGAGCCCUCAAACCUUAGAAGCAUACAUACGUUGGAACAAGGACUUUGGAGAUACCACUGUUUAAGCAAAUAACUUUGUAAACCUGCAGAACAUUUUCUUACCAAGAGAGAAACACACCAUCUUCAGUGAAUGAAUAGUUACCAGCUACAGAAACUCAGCCUAAGUUUACAGGACCUUUCAGAGUCUUAUAAUUAUUUGUGCAUCCCCGAAGAUAAACCAUAUAACAAAUUUAAAUAAAAUAUACAAUGCAAAUGUAAUAUUUUGUUUAAGGCCUGCUUGCCUUGAUGGUCAUGGUUAUCCCAAUGGGCAGUGUAAGUUAGAGCACAAUAAAAACUGAUUCUGGUCUUCUUUACCAAUAUAAUCAGAAUGUAAAUAAUUUGGAUUUUGAGUUGCAGAUUAAAGUAUUCAGAGACAGUAAAUGAUAAAAGACACAACAAGUUGGUUGUCUUCUGGCGUCUUUUUAAGAUAGUCAUGUUUCCUUUCCUACUGUUGUCUUUACUAUGGGUGAUUGGAAUGCCAAACAUUAAGUUUCGAUUUACAAAUUGUGUGCCAAAUAAAACUUUUUUCUGUGUAACAGUAAUAGGAAAAAGGAUUUUGAAGGCUUUUUCUCCAUAAAUCUGCAGACAUUAAACAAUUGUGUUCUUUUCACUUUUUAUUUUUCUAGUACCUUUCUACCAAACAAUUUAGAAAGCAGUAUGAUAGCAACAAAACAAGUCUAUUAAAACAGAGGAGAAAUUUGGAAGUUUUGAGUCACUUUAUCAUACAACAUGUAGAUCAAUCCUCAUGUGACCGCAGUAUUUUUUUUUUAAUAUAUUUGCCAGAAAUCUACUGUACACUUAACUUAUUCCUAAUGGAAUUUAUUUUCUGCUAGAAUUAUUCUAAUAUUUAAGAAAGCCAGUUUUAAUAGCUAUGAGAGUGGUUCCUGUGCGAGAGAAGGGAAGUACUGGGAGCUGAGACUCCUUGCUUAUUACUUUCUUACUAUUUAUGCGAUAACGAUAAGCCAGUGGGUCUACCAUCUUUUAUUAAUAAUUAUGAAUCCCUUCCAGGAAACUUUAAAAAAUUACUGAAUUUUUAUAAAUUGCCUACAUUUUAUAGGUUUCUUGUGCUUGCUUUGUUAACAAACAAGUUGUAGUCUGUUAACUGUCUUUUGUUCCCCCAAAAGGUACGGUAAUUCUGUUUCUCGUUUGUAUUUGUAUGCCUGAAUUUUUAUUAUAAAAAUGUCAUUGUAGAAAGUAGAGAUUUGUGUCAUGGCCUUUUAAAUAUUGUAAUAAAGGCAAAUAGAUAUUUGCCCUCUUAGUUUACUGGUUAAAAGUUUGUUUACAGAAAUUUUCUUUGGUGCUUUUAUGUAAAAUGUCAUGGGUGGAAAGAAUAGUUUUAUAGUAGGAACAAAGAUUUUUUUACAUUUAGGAAAAAUAUCUUUGGGUUUGAGAGAAAACGUUAAAGUUAAAACCUUGCACCUAAUAGAUAAGAAUUUUGUAAUGAAGAUACACAUUCUUCUUCUUUUUUACAUUCUUCUUAAUUGUAUUCUUGCUCUUGUUAAAGCUUUAUCUAAAUAUAGUACAGUUUCUUAACAUCAUAUGGGGUUUGUAGACAUGGUUUAAAUCAAUGUGUCUUCUAAUGAUGUUUGAACUCCUUGGAUAAUAAAAAUUAGAGUUGAGAUAAGUAGAAAAAAAACCUUUAAGCCAGAACCAUGCAUAUUUUAGAUCAUGAAUAGUAUCUUUUUAAGGUCUCAAACAUUAAAACAUAGUUAUAAAAUCUUGGCAAUCAAAGAUGAUGAAAUAUGCAUGAUGACAAGAAUUGGAAACAUCCCAAAUGAAAACAUUUUCAAUAAAGCUCAAAAUUUCAUUUGGAAAUGGAGUAUUAACAUUAUUGAUACUUGGAUAACUGGUUAGUCAUAUUAAAGUUCCAUGUGCUUCAAGCUCAACUUUUAAAAUACAGUCUUUAAAAUUAUAAUUCUAUCUGCAGUAAUUUAAUGUAACUCACUAUCGGGAAAGUUUUUAAAUAAAGAUUUCAAAUGUUAAAAUAUGUAAAAGUCAAGUUAAUAUUGUCAUAAACAUUGAGUCAGAUAUAUGAAUAUCCAUCCGUGUAUAGAAGUAAUUUUACUUUCCUGACCAAGGCUGAAGUUGAGCUUAGGGCUAGAGACCCAUUUUCUAACUUGCUGUGACUAAAUUUAUUUUAAGCUGUGUUUCUUUCAUAGAAGGGCCAUGAAAAUAGGAUAAUGAUAAUAGUACAAGGUAUAAAGGGUUGGUUUUGUCUUUUUAACAUAGAAGUUGCUAAGGUUUUUUGAAUUAAUAUUAAACUUAGAUUGUAACCUUUUAGAUUUUGCAUUGAGCUUUGUGUCAUAUUACUUCCUAAAAGGUAAUGCUUAAACAUUAAAUUUUAGUGUGCUCUUCAUGUUAAUAUGACAGAGUUUUGUAAACUGAAUUAAAACUUGAUGUACUGGGCUCUAAGCCAAGGGAAAGAAUCGAUACUAUCUUUCAAGAUAUCUUAAGUGUAAAAACUUAUUCUAAGACGAUUUGCCCAUUGAAGUUAUCAGAUUUCUGGCUUGCAAAUAUGCUUUGUGUUUGGAAAGAAUUGGAGGAAAAGCAGAUGCUAGAAUUAUAAUUUAAGUAAAUAUACAGCAGUC